AUGUCCGAGCUCGGUUGUGUGCCUGAUGCCUUCUCUUACACCAUUGUUCUUAAGAUCUUAUGUGAUGCUAGCAGCAGCCAGUGGGCGCUCGACCUGCUCCAGACUAUGGAGAAAGGAGGAGGUGUCUGCUCCCCUGACGUGGUGUCAUAUACCACGGUCAUCCACAACCUCCUUAAGGAAGGGGAAGUAAGCAAGGCAUGCAAUCUAUACCAUGAAAUGGUGCAGCAAGGGGUUGUGCCUGAUGUGAGGACAUAUAGCUCGAUUAUUAAUGCGCUAUGCAAGGCCGAAGCAAUGGACAAGGCAGAGUUGUUCCUUCGUCAGAUGGUUGAUAAGGGUGUUCGGCCGAAUAACAAGACAUAUACUAGCAUAAUCCAUGGAUAUUCCACGUUGGGCCGGUGGAAAGAAGCUGGCAAAAUGUUCAGAGAAAUGACAAGCCAGGGUAUCAUACCAGAUGUUGUUACUUGGACCUCAUUCAUGGCCUCCUUCUGCAAGCAUGGAAGAAGCAGAGAAGCUGCCAAAAUUUUUGAUUACAUGUCUUCCAGGGGACACAAGCCUAAUGUCGUCUCAUAUUCUAUUUUGUUUCAUGGAUAUGGUAUAGAAGGAUGCUUUGCUGAUAUGAUUAAUCUCCUUAAUUCAAUGGCAAACAACGGUAUUGUUCCCAAUCGCUAG